AAAAUGACCAUAUUGAUCCAUCAAAUAAAAUCUCAACUCAUUCUUAUCCACAGUCUAUACUGAUUGAAACUUGAGGUUGAAAUAUUUCUGUCAGAAUAGAAAGUUGAAAUCUUUGCUGCUGACCCAAACUCAAUAGCAAUGGCGGCUGUUGAAGCAGUAGCAGCACUCUCCUGGUCACGUUGCCCUUCUUCUUCCUCUAAGCCCUUCCUAUGUCCCAAAAUCGCAAUACUCUCUUCCUUAACUUUCCACAUUUCCAAGUCUACCCCUGUGCUUUUCCAUAAUUUCUCCACCUCUCCACGAAUCAGCACCCAAAGGAGGCUAGGUUUGCUACUCUGUUCUACAGUGCAAGAAGUGGGCGUCGAAGCUGAAACAGAGAAAACCCAGAAACCCAAUGUGAAAAGAAAGCUUUUUGUGCUUAAUUUGCCGUGGUCUUUUACGGUUGCUGAUAUCAAAGACCUCUUUGGCCAAUGUGGAAACGUUAAAGACGUUGAGAUUAUAAAGCAAAAAGAUGGGAGAAGCAGGAACUUCGCAUUUGUGACAAUGGCUUCUGGUGAAGAAGCUCAGGCUGCUGUCGAUAAACUCGAUUCUCAUGAAGUGUCAGGGAGAAUAAUUAGGGUAGAGUUUGCGAAGAGAUUCAAUAAACCUUCACCACCUUCUCCACAGCCGAUUGUUCCUUACCGUGAGACACGCCAUAAGCUUUAUGUGUCGAAUCUUGCUUGGAAAGUAAGGUCAAGUCAUAUCAGAGAAUUUUUCUCUGCCUUUAACCCAGUUUCAGCUAAGGUUGUUUUUAGUACUCCUUCAGGACAGUCUGCCGGGUAUGGCUUUGUUUCCUUUGCCACAAAGGAGGAUGCUGAGGCCGCAGUUUCUACUCUAAAUGGGAAGGAAUUGAUGGAUCGGCCACUACGUUUAAAAUUCAGUGAAAGGAAAGAUGAUGAAUCUGGAGGUAAAAAGACAGAGGAAAAGGAGCCUGAUGGCCAAACUGAAGAGUCUUAGAUCUUCACAAAGUUCACUUGGACUUCAUCUUUCCAUCUUUUUGAGAUUAUGGUACAAAUGAGGCUUAAGUCAGAAAGUUUUGUCACCUGCCUAUAGAAGUGGUCUGUAAGUGUUUACAUUCUCUAUAUUUUUCCUUUUCUUUGUGUCUCAAUAAAAUUUUCAUAUAAUUUAUUAUGUAUUACAUGUAUUCAAUUGAUUUGGAUGGGAAUUAUGUUUUAUUGGAUAAUUGUUUAAAGAUAUUCCAUUUUAACACUUUGCUUUGCUAAUCCAUUGGCAUCUACUGGGAGCUAAUGAGAGGGUUGGUUAGAAGAAAGAGUAGGGGUAGGGUUGUUGUGAGGAUAAUUAAUUUUAAGAGCAAUCUGUGGUUACUUAAGAUUAUCUGAAGUUUAUAUAAAUAGCCCUUUGGAAUGUGCAAAAAAGAUGCAAAUAAAGAUUGUAUUGAUCCAAACCCUUUCAAAUAUUAGGUCUUAGGCAGAAAUUCUGUCAUGGUAAAAAGCUAGAUUAUCACUUUCCUUAAUUCCAAAAGACAAGAAGUUUUAAAAUUCAUGACAGCUCAUUCGGGUAUUCAGAAUUUUGUAUCCCUUACGGUUAGAGACUACAUGGAAGUCAUCACAAGCUUCAACAAUUCCACCUCUCUUCCUGUUUCCCUGUCUUUGCUUUGCUUUCCAUGUAAGCCCCUUUGGGCUUUGGCAGCUUUUCAACUCUUUCUUGUCUCUUCAAGAAAUUUGCAUUACAGGAGGAGCCCCUCACAGGCUUAGACUCUGCUCUUGCCUAGCAUUCUUUUGCACAUUUAGCGGCCAAUUGAACUGCAUCAUAUUUUGCUCUUUCGAUUCUAUCCAUAUCUUAUUUGCAUUAUUAGUAAGGUAUUCGUUUUGAUGCUUUCUUUACUAACUCAUUUCUAUGAUCAUAAUAUUU